CUUUGGUUUCCCCAUUACACCAGCCGACGCCGGGUGGUGGAUUCAGCCAGGAGCGGUGGUGAAAAUUCUUCAGCUGUUCUUGGACUCUCGCCUCUCGGAUGAAACUGACCAGGCCGGUGAAACCCCUGCCGUUACUCCUCUGCCCGUCCAUGAACUACUCCCUCCGUUCCAGAUUACUCGUCGUGGUUUUAGUUCAAAUUAAUUUGGAACGGAGGGAGUAUAAUUGAAGGAGCAGUUCAAGGGAUUUGCGCUGUCAGCACAGUUCGACCUGAGGCUCGGAGCUGUGUUUUUCGACUGGCUUGGGUUUGGCACAGCGAAAUGAAGACCGGUGCCACAGGAUUCAUGCGUCGGCCACGGUCGAGGCUUCAGUUCAGAGUCGAGACUUGACUUGAGUUGAGGUCCGAGCUCUGAGAUCCUGCCGGUUGCUGUCACCAGGCAGGCACCAGGCAGGCGGGUACCGAACCUAGUGUGCUGCUCUGUGAGCUUUUAUCGUAUGAUAUGGUGAUGAGAAAUUGCAGCGUGGUGCGGUUUGAGAGUAGGGCCGUAGGAGAGGGGAGAAGGGAAUAUGGGUGCACCCUGGAGCAAGCAAGGCCAAACAAAACAAAAGGUUAGGUUGGAUGAGGCGAAGGCGAGCGAAGCCAUGUGAGGAUCCAGUGUAAAAGGGCGCACGUCUAGAGCCUUUAUCUCCGGGCAUUCUUCCCCGCUAAUCUCCUUUAUUUCCUCACUCUCCGUGAGAAGGCUAAUAUAAGUAAGCCCCUGCCGACAGAUCCAUGUCUGUACCCGAACUGCGUACGGCGGCAACCGCCCAGGCAAGAGGUCGACAGCCGGAGGUCGAAGCCUGUACCCCUCCAUGAUGGAUGAAUGGACUGACGGUGACUGUCCGGAUGCCAAGUGAUGAUAGCCAUGGCGAAACACGGCCUCUUAACCACUACUAACCCCCUCCUCCCCCUGAAGUUAGUAACCAGAUCGUUUUAGAACAUGUCCAAAAGAGGGAGAGCAGUGUGGAAGAAGACGCUCCAGUCCAGCUCUAAAGCCCCCCUUGCCUCCUCUCCUCUGCCAGACCCAAAAGAAAGCCCAACACAUGGGGCCUCGUCUCUCCCUGUCUGUCAUCAUCAAGGCCACCGCGGCGUGUGCGGAUCCGCCAAUCAAACGCGCGCCCGCGCCUGCGCCUGCCUUUACACACGCAAAGUUGCACCGAACCAAAGCAACCGCAUCGCAUCUCAUCUCUGCCUGUUUUGGUUGGAUUCACCACCUCUCUGCUCCGUACCGCGCGAGUCCAGUGAGUCCGUGGCCGAUAGCCGGGUGGUGGUGCCGUCGCUAUAAGGGCACCCAGCUAGCCACACGCACGGCUCCGUCGCCUUGGAUCGGGCUCGUCAGUGAGUCAGCGAGUCAGGGCCUUGGCACGGCGCGGUUCACCCAUGGGCCUCGCCGGCGGCAUUGUCCGGAGAGUCCUCUCCAAGAGCCCCUGCGGCUCCUCCUCGUCGGCCGGCGGCGGACGCGGCGGCCACAGCGAAAGGAGCCCCGGCGACCACAAGAGGAGGUGGGGCUCUCUGAGGCUGUACCUGUACCUGUGCGGCGACGAGAACGGCGCGGGUGCCGAGGACGGGGAGGACGACGAUGACGGGACGGUCUCGGCCAGGAGCUUUGAGACCUGCGCGAUGACGCAGGACGCCCAAGCUCCGGCGGCAGCCGAUCAGCGUCGCCGUGACGUGAACGGCGGCGCACACGGCCACGCUGAACAAGUGCACGUUCAGUGGAGCCCCGGCGAGCGGACGAAGCCGUUCACCGAGGACGAGGCGGCGACGCUGAUCCAGUCCGCAUUCAGGAGGUUCAUGGAAAGGGGGCGCUUGCUGCAGGAGGAGCUGAGGAGAAGCUCCGGACAAGAGUGCUGCUACGGUGAAGCGCUCAAGAGCCCUGCCUCGGCGUGCACCAUCGCCGCGUCGGUGGAGGUCCAGGUAGGGGAGUCCCUGAGCAACCUCCGGCUGAGCGACGACGGCGCGUCGGUGUCGGCGCAGCACCGGGCGGGCCAUAGCCAGAAGCCGCGGCCCCAGGUCUUCAGAGCCAAGGAGGAGUGGGACGACAGCACGCUGAGCUCCAACGUGCUGAGGAUGAGGAUCCAGAGCAAGAUGGAGGCCACCACGCGGCGCGAGCGGGCCCUCGCCUACGCCUUCUCGCAGCAGCUGAGGAGCGGCGGCACGAAGAAGCGGUCGUCGCGGUCGGAGCAGGGGGAGUUCAACGUGGGGUGGAGCUGGCUGGAGCGGUGGAUGGCGACGCGGCAGGCCGAGCCCGGCGCCGACGACAGCGCGAGCAAGAACGCCACGGACGCCGGGUCAGCGGUGGCCGGGCGGCGGGUGGUGGUGGUGAGGCGGCGGCAGGACGUGGCCGUCGAGGAGAAGGAGAGCUGCGGCUCCAACGACGUGUCCGCCAUCAGCUUCGACGGCUCCAGCGCCGGCGGCCGGAGCGGCCUGAGCUGCUACAGGCCCGGCAAGAACCGGCUCAGGGGGCCCAGGAACCUGCCGCGGCGCAAGGUGGCGGCCGCGUCGUCGGACCACCACCGGCUCCAACAAAGAUCCCACAAGGUGAGCAAGAAGGCGCGUCAGAGGGAGGAGAAGCAGCAGCUGCAGAAGGAUCAUCAAGUCGAGGCCGAGGCCUACGAUCCCCGCCAGCCUCCGACGGAUUACUGAAACCGAGACAACGGAAUGAUGUACAUAGCUUCGUCAGAUCCUGAUUGCUGUGUUGGCUUUGUGUCGCCAUGAUUUUUCUCUUACUUUUCAGUUGCUUGGUGCUGAAGUGUUUGAUGAUUCGAGCUGAUUUAAGUGCGGAGAUCUGCAAGACUGACAAGUCGGUCGUGUAAAAGUUGGUCACUAAAUAAAGUACGCACGCGGGUGAUGAAACAUUUGUAAAA